AUGAUUCAAGUGAAGGGUAUGUCUGAAGAGAGAGGAAAGAGCGAGAACUUGUUCCUUUUUCUCAUCUUUUAUAAUCCCAAUAAUGAAAUUGAUGAUAAUGUCGGGAUCACCUUCCAUAGAACGUUGCGUAUUCCGGAUGAUGGAAAGAUCUAUCCUCUUCCACCAUCUUUGGGCACAUUUCCAGUGAAACGAGUUGAUGAUUACAUUGAUCGAGUGCCUGAGGCUUGGAAGAAACAAGGAGGAGUGUUCAUUCCACUCUAUCAAAGAGAAGCUAUGUGGUUGGAAUUUAUGAAUUUCAAUACAGAAUAUCCUCAUGCAUUGAAAAUUGCUGUUGGAAAGGUCAACGCCUUGUCUGGAGAGACUUGGGAUGAAGAAAUUAAACAGAGAAAUGUACAAGACUAUGUGGUCACACCAUUGCAACCAUGGUUGGACGGUAUCAAUGCUGGUGAUGGAUAUAUUAAGCAAUUUAUUGCAAUGCCUCUUGGAGAUGGAUAUACUGUUGAAGGUCAAGUUACUGGAGAGGAGAAAGUUGGAGGAUGUCAAAUCGUUUGCUAUGCUCCAAAUCAUGAACAACGUUUGAAACAAUUUACUCCAAAGCCUGUCAUCCACAGAUCCCUCCAACAAAGUGAGAAGAGUUAUUAUGGUGGCGGUGGUGCCUCCAGUGAUUUUAACUUAUCUUCAUUGAAAGCAAACUCAUCGGUCGACAUUGGCUUGUUUUCUUCUCCUCCUCCUCCACCAUCCGAAGCAUUUGGAUUUGUCAUGCCUCCAACAACAACGUGUUGUAGCUCUUUCGAAGCACCAUGUGCUCCAACAAUGGCUCAUCAGACGAUUAGCUUUGAACAAAAAUUUAGUGAAUGUUCAUUGGAUGAUGAGUGCGUUCAAUCCAUGACAAACGAGGAGGCCGAUAAUCUCGAUUUUGAAGGCAGUUUUGAAAGAGAAGAAAGAAAAAAGAGUGGAGCUAAGGAGCUUGGACUCGCAGCUGGUGGUAAAAUGAAACAACAAAUUAUUGAAGAUCCUUAUGGUCACACCUUCUGGGAUGAAUCUACAAAAGCAAGAAUUUUCAUUCAUAUUGUCAAUAGCGAAAUGUAUGAACAAAUCACUGGAGAAACCGUUCCUCCAACUCCCAUCACUGCACAAACUUAUUCAAGUUAUAAUUAUCCAUGGUUCGAUUUUUAUAAUGAAGAUACAGGAAGUGUUGGCAAGAGUAACAUUUUGUCACAAGUGAAAUCGGUCAAAGAAGUGGAUCAAGAAAAGUAUGCUUGGCCUCAACAAAACGAUUCAUCUGUUCAAAUUAAUAAUGUUACCACAAUUAAGGGAUCUUUCAAUAAGGAUGAUGUGAGAGAUGGUGAUUGGUAG